AGUGUGUGUGUGUCACUUAUAGAUCAUAACCACUUGUGUUGUUGUGGUUGUUUCGUCUGGAUGGGCCUGUGUGUGUGUCUGUGUGUGGGGCUCUUCCUUGUUGACAACGUGUCUGCAGCCGUGUUACAGUUCGUGAAAGCGCAGCCACGGUGGGACACAAUGACGGCAGCUCGGAGCUCCCUGAUUGGCUCGUCCCCUCGCACCGGGGCACGGGAGGCGGCCCCCUGAUUGGCCGGCCCGCGUCCUGACAUCCUUCCUGGCAGUCCGUCCGCCGAGGGGGAGCCAUGUUGAUGCUUGCUCUUGUGUCAACCGCUGCGCCUCGGGUAUGGUUAAAGGACUCGGAGAGUGGGAGCCUGCUGCGGUGAUUCCCGCACCGCGACGCGAAGAGGAGAGCGGCCCGGGGACGGCACGGGGAGCGCCCCGCAGAGAGUAGCGCUUCACCGCACAGUUGAUCCGGAGCCAGUGAAGUUGAUGCUAGAUAGCCUGUUAGCUAGGUUGGCAACAGCUGUGCGGACGUUGCGUGGGAUGCGGCGUGUGGACUGAAACCUCUGGUCUGGUUCUAUUUCGUGGAGCUCCGUGUGGCCGACCCGCUUCAACACUGUGUCCGGGCGGACCGCGGCGAUGCGGAAUUAACGCCACUUGCCUUUGUGACGCUAGCUAGCUGUUAGCUAAUGUUAGCAUGCUGACAACUAGCCCGCAUCUUCAGUCACGACCAACAUUUUGUAGCUGAGCGGCCGCUAGCUUGUCGCUUGCUGCGUGCAGACACUCUCGUCGGUCGUGGGGCAGCGUGUUGCGUGACAAACCCUCCCCGAGCUGGACAAUAUGGCGAUACACCCAGUCUCUAUGGAAAGCUACCAGUUUGCCUGCCUAGCUUGCCAGGGAGCGGCUAACGGGCUAGCAGCGUAACUUCCCCCCCCCUCCCCUCACGGCGUCACCCACAAGCUGCGGAGCCCACUUCCUCGCUAGCCGACCUCCUCGUACCUGAAGCAAGCUGGCGGCCCUCCGAGUAGAAGCCGAGGACAAGGAGCUGGGGCCGAUGGCCUGGGUGCUGAAGAUGGACGACGCCAGCAUCGAGUCGGGGCUGGUGCACGACUUCGAUGCCAGCCUGUCUGGCAUCGGGCAGGAGCUGGGGGCUGGAGCCUACAGCAUGAGUGAUGUGCUGGCUCUGCCGAUUUUUAAGCAGGAGGACUCCAGCCUUCCGACCGAAAGUGAGACCAAAAAUCCCCCAUUCCAGUAUGUGAUGUGCACCGCCACCUCGCCUGCUAUCAAGCUGCAUGACGAGACGCUCACAUACCUAAACCAAGGCCAGUCUUACGAGGUGCGUAUGUUGGACAACCGGAAGGCAGGGGAGGUACCAGAGAUCAACAACAAGAUGGUGAAGAGCACAGUGCGAGUGGUGUUUCACGACCGCCGGCUGCAGUACACAGAGCACCAGCAGCUGGAGGGCUGGAAGUGGAAUCGACCUGGUGACCGUCUCCUUGACAUCGAUAUCCCCAUGUCAGUGGGCAUUGUGGAGCCGAAGACUCACCCCUCCCAGCUCAACGCUGCAGAGUUCCUGUGGGACAUGAACAAAAGGACUUCUGUUUUUGUGCAGGUGCACUGCAUCAGCACAGAGUUCACUCCCAGGAAACACGGCGGAGAGAAGGGCGUUCCCUUCAGGAUCCAGAUCGACACGUUCGCCCUGGGAGACAAUGGAGAGUACACAGAACACCUCCACUCUGCCUCCUGCCAAAUUAAAGUCUUUAAGCCAAAGGGGGCGGACCGAAAGCAAAAGACAGACCGGGAGAAGAUGGAGAAACGCACAGCUCAAGAAAAAGAAAAGUACCAGCCCUCUUACGAUACCACUAUCCUGUCAGAGACGAGGCUUGAACCCAUCAUAGAGGAUGCGGGUGACCACGAGCUGAAAAAGUCCAGCAAGCGGACACUUCCCGCUGACUGUGGCGACUCCUUGGCCAAGAGAGGCAGUUGCUCCCCGUGGCCAGACAAUGCCUACGUCAGCACCAACCAGGCAGCUACUCCCUCCUUCACCUCCACCCCGCUGUCCACCUACUCAACCUCCUCAGUACCGGACAGUGACUCGUCCUCUCCCAAUCACCAGGCCGACCCCGGCAGCCAGGGCAAUUUGGAGCAGCUGAGUCCCACUGCGUCCAUACAGGACGCACAGAAGUGGCUGCUGAAAAACCGCUUCAACUCCUACACACGACUCUUCUCUCACUUCUCAGGUUCAGAUUUAUUGAAGCUAACCCGGGACGACCUGGUCCAGAUUUGUGGGCCAGCAGAUGGGAUCCGACUCUACAAUGCACUUAAAUCCAGGUCGGUGUGCCCCAGGUUGACAGUGUAUGUCUGUCAGGAGUCUCCUCAGGAGAGCCCCCUACUGGAGAGACAUGGCAGUAAUGAAAAUGGAGAGCACAGUAUCUCCUCUAAUUUACGAGUAUACCACGCUCUGUACCUAGAGGACCUGACAGCUGCAGAACUGAUCCGCAAGAUGGCGUGUGUGUGCAGCCUUCCACUGGGAACAAUCAACCAGGUGUACAGGCAGGGUCCUACAGGCAUACACAUCCUGCUCAGUGACCAGAUGGUUUACAACUUGCCGGACGAGAGCAGUUUUUUGAUCAGCACCGUCAAAGAUGAACUAGGCGAAGGACUCCAUCUAAUCCUGAAGUAAUGAUGAGUACGGAUGGCAUCACUGAAACUCCACUCUCUGUCUUGGAGCAGAAGCCUCCCUCUGUCCCUGCCUCUACUCUUUCCUUCUACUUCCUCCCUCUCUCUCUCUCUCUCUGAACGACGGCUCCAUGGAAAGCAGAGAGACUGCGUUAAAGCCAUGUAACUGUUAGAAUCUGACAUGGGUGUGUCCACUGUUUCAUAUUGAAAACACUAUUAACGGAGGAGAGUUAAAAGAGGAGAGACCGGGGGGAAUAUGGGGUUUGGGGGAGUGAUAACAAUCUUUCUAUGUAUUUUGAUUUUAUUAUCUUAUUUUUUUUUGUCUUUUUAUAUGUUUUUGUGUGGAGGGGGAAGGGAGGGGGAGGCUCCAGGAGAGAGGGGGGGAGUGAUAAUCUGGCCGACAGGAGGAGGAAAGAAAGCAGAGUUUCCUUAUUGCUCGUUGCCCUUCCUUCACAACGCGCACAACCAGCAUUAGGCCAGUAUUUGAUAACCUGUACUGCUGAACAGCAUGCGAUCUCGACAUACUAACUUGCUAAAGGAGAAUCCCAGCGUACUCUGCUUGUUUAACAUUCUCUCUGGCUUGUCUUAGUAACCGUUUCUUGAUCCCCGAGCUCGGUAACCCCUGAAAUAUCCCGGCUGAAUUCAUGGGAGAGGGGCGGCAACUUGUUUUUUUUUCUGUCUUGGACUUUGUCAAAUGGACUGAUUUCAGUGACUCUUGCCACAUUUGUCAUCUCUCUGUUGACGUCACACAUCACACUCGGCUCUACACUCUGUGAACGUACGUCCUGUCUGAGCUUUUACUGUUUUUAGUUGAUGCUUUAUUUAUGGUUGGGCUGUUUCUAUUGCUCUCACUGACAUUUUUCUGGUGCCAUAUCAAAUUUUUUGCUCCAUCUUUUACUCACAUUCACACACACACACACUGAGCACAUUCAUGUCUUUGACUCCUCUGCUUUCUGUGCUGACUUUAAAACACUGGUUUAGAGUAGUGAGGGUUCACGUUUUCUGGGAUCUCGCGCGUUUAAAAAAACGAGGAACAAACCUUGAUCGAAGACGGACGUGCAGAGUAGUAACGCCUACCCAGAAACCUCCAUUAAUGUGGACCAAACACGUUUCAUAUGGAAAUGAUUUUUUCAAUUGGCUCUGUUUAUCUCGUCCAUUAGAAGAAUUGGUCUGAAGGUGAAUGAAACCCUCAUCUAGUAGAGCUGCUUGUGCACAUAUACAAAAUAAUUAAACCCUCCAUUCCAGCAUCUGCUCUACAAAUAACAAGCCACCACGCAGACGGCUGGAAGAAACACAUCAGUGCUGCCACCGGGUUUCAAAAGUCUGGUAUACUAGAAAGUCACAACUGCUCCACGUCCAUCUUCAAAACCGCGUGUUUUUAAUGUAGCCCAACACAGGAAGUACAGGUCAUGUGUUUUGAGUGCCCUUACUUUGAAAAAUGACCGUAAAACCUCUCACACAGGUCGGGGAGUAGCAGGGAGGAGCUGUCGGUUUUGUUGACCCUCUUAGUUCUGGUGCCCGAUGUCUGGUUUUGAAGUGCAUUCAGUUUGCACGCCUCUAAGCAUCAGAAAAUAUGUGUGCGUAUCAUAUUUUGUUCUUGCAAAGUUAAUUAUGUCGGUAGUUGUCACAAGCUUUUUUCCCUGUUGGAAUAAUGAAACUGUGUUUUAGCUUCCUGUUUAGUGACGAGCAUGUGGGAGACAGGGAAGGGAGGGAGGGAGGAGCUUGGUCCUUGGUGUUUAACUUCUCCUUAAUUUCCAGAUGUUAGAGACCAAGCCUGCACUGAAAAAUCACAAAACUAAAGCUUGAUGUGUAGUGUAGUCCUACAGCCACACCCUCUUAUUACCCACCUAAUGAGAAGGAGAAAGAAAAAUAAUGUUUAAAAAGCGUCUGUUUCUGUCUCACGUCGCACCAGAGCCCAGGACUCCUGUGGCGUUUACAAGGACGCGAGUUCCACGGCACAGUGAAGCGUUCAUCGACUCAAACACAUAGUGAGAAUAGAGUGGAUGUGAUAAGAGUCAGGAAAACUGUGGCGAGCUGUUCUCAUCACCCGACGGCCUGACCAAUCGUCUGUCUGCGUGAGCGAGUGUGUGUGUGAGAGAGAGUGAGCAGGAGAGGUGACCACUGUUUCUGUACAGCCUAAUGUCAAUGAUGAUGCUUCUCAUGUGCACAGUAUCGUAUGCUGGACGUGUACACAACCACGUGCUGGGAAUAAAUGAUUUCAUAACUUU